GACAACGUAAACAUGUCGACGAAGUUGCUGCGGAGCUUUGUACGGUGUCCAGUUUGUAGGACAAGCCACGUGCCCACAAACGGAGCGCUGAAGGAUGGCGUCUAUGCUUUUACCUGUGAAAACUGUGGCCACUUCUUCAAGUUCAAGGCCACAGGUCCUCUCAAGUCCUCGGUCACCUUCACCAUCAAUGGCACUUCCUACACAGUUGGCAACCAGUAUGCCGCAGCUCUGUCCCUGAAUGAGUUCAUGAGGUCCCAGGGUGUGUCCUAUGGCACCAAGGUGAUGUGUAUGGAAGGAGGGUGUGGCGUGUGCCUCGUCACUACCACACUGUAUGAUCCCACCACAAAGGCCGUGCAGACCUACACAGUCAACUCGUGUCUGGUACCACUCUACACGUGUGACGGGAUGCAAGUGACAACAAUCGAGGGUCUGGGUAACCCCAGGGACGGCCUACACCCGUUACAAGACCGUCUGGCACAGUACAAUGGCUCCCAGUGUGGCUUCUGUAGCCCCGCCCAGGUCAUGAAUAUGUAUGGGCUGCUGAAGAGAACACCCAACCCGACCAUGCAACAAGUGGAAAAUGCCUAUGAUGUCUCAAUCUGCAGAUGUACUGGGUACCGACCAAUUCUUGAUGCCAUGAAGUCCUUCGCCUCAGAUGCCUCACCAAACCUUCCUGGAGGCACCAUUGACAUCGAGGAACUUGACAAGCAGAUAUGGAGCAAAACCGGGAAGACCUGCACAGGACGCUGUUCAUCUGAGAGACAGACUGACCCGGAGCACGUCCCCCUCCACAUUGUGCUGCAGGGGUCACAGUGGUACAAACCCACCACCAGACAGCAGCUGUACGUCCUCCUCGGCCAACACAAGGGGGACAACUACAGACUCGUGUUCGGAAAUUCAGGAUACGGUGUGUAUAAAGAAAUUGGUCCUUGGAUGUACGAUGUACUCAUUGACCUGCGUGGCAUCCAGGAAUUCUAUGCCUUUUCAAUUGACUCCUCCAAAGUGAUGUUUGGUCCCAGCAUCACUCUGACCAACAUGAUGGAGGUGUUUGAGAAAAACAGGACCAACCCUGGAUUGUCCUACUUCCGGGAUUUCGCCAGCCACGUGGCCGUCAUUGCUAACACUGGAGUGAGGAAUUUGGGCAGCUGGGCAGGUAACCUGAUGCUGAAGAACCUGCACACUGAGUUCCCGUCGGACGUCUUCACCAUGUUCGAGACAGUCGGAGCAACCCUGACCAUUGGAUCGAGUGAUGGCUCUGAGACAACAUCCAGCCUCAUGGACUUCCUGAGUCUAGACAUGAAGGGCAAGGUCAUCAUCUCUGUCAGUCUUCCAUCGUUCCCUUCGGGGGAUGUGUUCAUCAAGACCUUCAAGAUUACACCCAGACAUCAGAAUGCCCAUGCCUAUGUGACAGCAGGCUUCAGGAUGCAGCUGGACAGAAACAACAACUUCACUGUCAAGACAAAACCAUCCCUGGUGUAUGGCGGUAUCAACAAGGCGUUGGUGCAUGCCAGCAACACAGAGACGUAUCUGCAGGGGAAACAGCUGGGUGAUCCUGCAGUACUCAAAGGUGCUAUAGCGACUCUGUCGGCGGAGCUGGUCCCCGACACCACCCCUGGCUUGUCCAGUACAACCUACAGGAAGAACCUGGCCAUCUCUCUGUUCUACAAGUAUGUGCUCGGCGUGUGUAGUGACAAAGCUGCAAGAAGAUUCCAAAGUGGAGGCACGAACUUCAUACGUCCGGUAUCUUCCGGCACUCAGACAUAUGACAGUCGUAAAGAUGAAUACCCCCUGACUCAACCUAUGACCAAGGUGGAUGCAACCCUACAGACAUCGGGUCGGGUCAAGUACAUCAACGACAUACCCCCUGUUCAAGAUGAAGUGUACGCUUCCUUCGUCAUCAGCACCGUGGGAAAUGCAGACAUUGACACAAUCGACACAUCAUUAGCCAUGAGCUAUCCUGGAGUCCUGAAGUACAUUUCUGCUGCUGAUAUACCAAAAGGAGGCACGAACAGUUUCAGGGAACCUGGCGUCGGGAUUGAGGAGAUAUUCUGCAGUGGGAAAGUCCUCUACAGUGGGCAGCCUCUUGGUAUCAUCGUUGCAGUGGACAAACUAUCAGCGGACACAGCAGCCAGCAUGGUGAAAGUUACCUACAAGAACGUCCAGCCUCCCAUCAUUACAAUGGAAGAUGCCAUUCAGAAGAAUUCCGUAUUUCCAAAUGUUGCCCAAGAGUUUAAAGUUGGUGAUGCUGCAGCUGCAAUAGCUAGCUCUGAUAAACAAAUUUCCGGGCGAAUCAAAAUGGGACACCAGUACCAUUUCCAUAUGGAGACACAGGUGAGCAUCUGCUACCCAGCCGAGGAUGGAGUGGGUGUCAGCCUCUUAUCGUCCACACAGUGGGCAGAUAGGGAACAACUGAUUGUAGCCAAGGCGCUAAACAUCAACGAAAGCAGUGUAAACGUGACAGUAAAGCGUCUCGGAGGAUCGUACGGAGCCAAAAUAACACGUGCACACUUACCAGCUUGCGCUGCCGCUCUCGCCACACACGUCCUGAGGAGACCAGUGCGAUUAAACAUGAACUUCCACACCAACAUGAAGACAAUCGGGAAACGUGCACCGUAUCUGGCAGAUUAUAAAGUGGGUGUGACAAAUGAAGGUAAACUAACUGGAAUCCAGGUGACCGUAAACGCAGACCUUGGCAUGUCCCCUAAUGACAGUCACUUGGGUAUAUUCCCACCGUGGAUGGACAAUGCGUACUACUGUCCAACGUGGGACUUCAAACCAGUUGCCCUGAAGACUAAUCUCCCGACAAACAUUGCUUGUCGAGGACCCGGAUCGUGUCCAUCCAUCUUCAUCAUGGAGUCAAUGAUGGAACACGUCGCCAAAGUCUUGAACCAAGACCCUCUGGAGUUCAGGAAACUAAACCUGUUCAGCACAGGUCAAAAAGCUGCCAAUGGAAUGAUUCUGAAGUACUGCAACAUCAAAGACAUGGUGGCUCAGCUGGAGACGUCAGCCGAUGUCCAGGCUAGAAAACAGCAGAUUGCAGCUUUCAACCAGGCCAACAGAUGGAAGAAGAAGGGCAUUUCGGUUAUGCCUCUCCGCUUCAACCUGAACUACUCAAACGCCAACUACAACGUCUACAUGACCGUCUACCACGGGGAUGGCUCCGUCGCAAUAUCGAUCGGCGGUGUGGAGAAUGGACAGGGAAUAAACACCAAGAUGAUGCAGGUCUGUGCCUUUGAGCUGGGUAUUCCCAUGGACACGAUCAAGGUGAAGCCAACGACGACCCUGGCGGACUCCAACUCCAUCACUACGGGAGGCAGCAUCACCAGUGAAGUCAACGCAUUGGGUGUCACGCUAUGCUGUCAACAAUUAAAGACCCGGAUUGCCCCGGUCAAAGCCAAGAUGGUCAACCCUACUUGGCAGCAGCUGGUUGCUAAGUGUUACAGCGAAGGGGUGGACUUGUCAGCUAGAAGCUUCACGAAUCCAGCCGGUGACAGUACUAACUACAACAUCUACGGAGCAACGUGCACUGAAGUUGAGGUGGACGUUCUGACCGGGGAGAACCAGAUCAACAGAGUGGACAUUCUGUAUGACUGUGGAGAGAGCAUGAACCCUGAGAUUGACAUCGGUCAAGCUGAGGGUGCGUUUGUGAUGGGCUUGGGCUACUGGAUGACCGAACAGAUGAUCUUUGACCCCACGACUGGCACCGCCCUGACGGAUGGCACAUGGGAAUACAAGCCCCCAAUGGGAAAGGAUAUUCCUAUCGACUUCCGUAUUCAGUUCCUGAAGAAUGCCCCCAACCCACGCGGAGUCUUGAGGGCAAAAGCUGUCGGCGAGCCACCUCUGUGUAUGGCUGCGUCAGCGUUGUUUGCUGUGAAACACGCCAUCGAGGCUGCCAGAAGCGAAAUAUCAAAGGACACAUUCUUCCCUCUUGUGCAGAUUGCACUGCUGUGUACUUCCCACCCCCUCCUCCCCUUUUUAAAUGAUAUCAGCGUCGGUCCAACCUGUCUCCUCCGGUAUGGUUCUCGGAUCAAUGCACGCUGCGACAACCAGUUACAUGUAGAGACGGAGCCAAGCUACCGUUGCCAAUAUAGGUGA